UUUUUACAAAUUGCCAGCCCAGCCCAGCACACCAAACACACCCUCCACCAAAACACAACUCUAAACAAACAAACCAGUCUCUUCCUGCAGUCCUGCUAUUCUCUCUGCCACAACAAUGUUGCCUUAUACUACUUUAAUGGAAGCUGAAUCUGCUUUGAAUCGAACUCUUACUUUUGCUGAAACCCUUUGGUUUAAUUAUUCUGCUAAUAAAUCUGAUUAUUUUCUUUAUUGUCAUAACAUUAUUUUUCUUUUUGUCAUUUUUUCGCUCAUUCCGAUUCCUCUUGUUGUUGUUGAACUCCUUCGUGCUGCCAAUGUUGAACGAUACAAAAUCCAACCUAAAGUUAGAUUAUCGUUUUCAGAGAUGGUGUCUUGUUAUAAAACUGUUAUGAAGAUGUUCUUCUUCGUUGUGGGCCCUCUUCAACUCGUUUCCUAUCCAUCUGUUAAGUUAAUUGGGAUUAGGACUGGACUACCAUUGCCAUCAGGGUGGGAGAUUUUGAUGCAAUUAAUUGUGUAUUUUAUAGUUGAGGACUAUACAAAUUAUUGGAUCCAUAGAUUUUUACAUGGGAAAUGGGGUUAUGAGAAGAUUCAUAAGGUACACCAUGAAUACACCGCGCCAAUCGGUUUUGCAGCCCCAUAUGCACAUUGGGCUGAGAUUUUGUUCCUUGGGAUUCCGUCGUUUCUUGGCCCUGCCAUGGUUCCUGGUCACAUGAUUACAUUUUGGUUAUGGAUUGCUCUGAGACAGAUUGAGGCGAUUGAAACGCACAGCGGAUAUGAUUUUCCAUGGAGUCCCACCAAGUAUAUUCCAUUUUAUGGAGGUGCUGAGUACCAUGAUUACCAUCAUUAUGUUGGAGGACAAAGCCAAAGUAAUUUUGCUUCAGUUUUCACCUACUGUGAUUACAUCUAUGGGACUGAUAAGGGCUAUCGUUACCAGAAAAAGCUGCUUGCAAAGUUGAAAGAAGAAUCAAGCAGCAACGGAAAAUACGAUUAGGAAUAACCCUUGAGGAUCAUUGUUUCUCCUCUGGGUUGAUUUUCUGCCAAGGUUACAAGUAUAUGAAGCUCGCCGCUAUACAGAGCUGAGCUGAUUAUACAACUGUGACUUAUCAGAUGUUCGCUCUUUUCUUUUUUUUUUUUGGG